AUGGGACAACAGGAAAGAGACAGAGGUGGGGACAACAGGAAAGAGACAGAGGUGGAAAGAGUCAGAGGUUGGGAGCAACAGGAAAGAGACAGAGGUGGGGAAGGAGAGACAGAGGUUGGGACAACAGGAAAGAGACAGAGGUUGGGGACAACAGGAAAAGAGACAGAGGAAAGGAAAGACAGAGGUGGGGACAACAGGAAAGAGACAACAGGAAAGAGUCAGAGGUGGGGACAACAGGAAAGAGAGACAGAGGUUGGGGCAACAGGAAAAGAGACAGAGGAAAGAGGGGACAACAGGAAAGAGACAGGGUUGGGGACAACAGGAAAGAGACAGAGGUGGGGACAACAGGAAAGAGUCAGAGGUUGGGACAACAGGAAAGAGACAGAGGUGGGGACAACAGGAAAGAGACAGAGGUUGGGACAACAGGAAAGAGAUACAGAGGUGGGGACAACAGGAAAGAGACAGAGGUUGGGACAACAGGAAAGAGACAGAGGUGGGGACAAACAGAAAAGAGACAGAGGUGGGGACAACAGGAAAGAGAUAGAGGUGGGGCAACAGGAAAGAGACAGAGGUGGGGACAACAGGAAAGAGACAGAGGUUGAGAACAACAGGAAAGAGACAGAGGUUGGGACAACAGGAAAGAGACAGAGGUGGGGACAACAGGAAAGAGACAGAGGUUGGGACAACAGGAAAGAGACAGAGGUGGGGACAACAGGAAAGAGACAGAGGUGGGGACAACAGGAAAGAGACAGAGGUGGGGCAACAGGAAAGAGAGACAGAAAGGUGGGGGACAACAGGAAAGAGAGAGAGAGGUGGGACAACAGGAAAAAGAGACAGAGGUGGGGACAACAGGAAAGAGACAGAGACAGGUUGGGACAACAGGAAAGAGACAGAGGAAAGAGACAACAGGGAAAGAGACAGAGGUGGGGACAACAGGAAAGAGACAGAGGUGGGGACAACAGGAAAGAGAGACAGAGGUUGGGACAACAGGAAAGAAGAGAGAAAGAGACAGUGGGGAAAGAGGAAAGGAAAGAGAGAAAAAGACAGAGGUUGGGGACAACAGGAAAGAGACAGAGGUGGGGAAACAGGAAAGAGACAGAGGUGGGGACAGCAGGAAAGAGAGACAGAGGUGGGGAAAGAGACAGAGGGGACAACAGGAAAGAGACAGAGGUGGGGACAACAGGAAAGAGACAGAGGUUGGGACAACAGGAAAGAGACAGAGGUGGGGACAACAGGAAAGAGACAGAGGUGGGACAACAGGAAAGAGAUAGAGGUUGGGACAACAGGAAAGAGACAGACAGGGGACAACAGGAAAGACACAACAGGAAAGAGACAGAGGUGGAAAGAGGACAGGAAAGAAAGAGACAGAGGAUGGGACAACAGGAAAGAGACAGAGGUGGGGACAGGAGGAAAGAGGAUGGAGGAAAGAGGAAAGAGGAUGGGAAACAGGAAAGAGGAGGGACAACAGGAAAAGAGAUAGAGGAUGGGACAACAGGAAUGAGACAGAGGUGGGGACAACAGGAAAGAGAUAGAGGUGGGGAAACAGGAAAGAGAUAG